AUGUUGGAGAAACCUGUGUACUACAGCUUCCCAUCACCAAUGUUUCUUGGAAUUGGACAGAUGGCAGCCACUAUACUUAUCUUGUAUGUGUCAAAAUUAAAUAAGAUUGUUCACUUCCCUGACUUUGACAAAAGUAUACCUGUGAAGUUGUUUCCUCUGCCUCUGAUUUAUGUUGGAAACCACAUAAGUGGAUUAUCAAGUACCAGCAAACUCAGUUUGCCGAUGUUUACAGUGCUCAGGAAGUUUACCAUUCCACUUACUUUACUGCUGGAAAUCAUCAUACUUGGGAAACGAUACCCGCUGAGUAUUAUAGUCAGCGUAUUUGCCAUCAUUCUUGGGGCUUUCAUAGCAGCUGGGUCUGAUCUGUCUUUUAAUCUAGAGGGCUACACCUUUGUAUUGCUAAAUGAUAUCUUCACAGCGGCAAAUGGAGUUUACACAAAGCAGAAAAUCGAUCCAAAGGAGUUGGGAAAAUAUGGUGUCCUUUUCUAUAAUGCUUGUUUCAUGGUGGUUCCAACAGUUAUUAUUAGCUUUUCUACUGGAGACUUUCAACAGGCAACACAUUUCCAGCAGUGGACAAAUUUUUUGUUUGUCUUUCAAUUUAUUCUUUCCUGCUUGUUGGGGUUUCUCUUGAUGUAUUCUACUGUCCUGUGCAGUUAUUACAAUUCUGCGCUCACAACAACAGUAGUUGGUGCCAUCAAGAAUAUAUCCAUUGCUUACAUCGGAAUGUUGAUUGGUGGAGAUUACAUAUUCUCCGUGUUAAACUUUAUAGGGCUAAAUAUUUGUAUGGCAGGAGGACUGAGGUACUCAUUUUUAACCCUAAGAGGAAACAGCAAGCCUACACAACCUGAGGAUGAAGAGAAUGCACUUCCUGAGUCAAAGAUAUAG